AUGGUAUUAUUACAAAUGUUGCACUUUAACGAUAAUAAUACAUCAUUUGCACAUUAUGAAAAUCUAUGCGUCGAGGAAAGUCUUUUGCUGUACAAGGGCAGAUGUUAUUUUAAACAGUUUAUACCAUCCAAGAGAAGUAGGUUCGGCAUUAAAUUAUUUCUCCUUAGUGACUGUAAAACUAAUUAUGUAUUGGACUUUAUAAUUUAUACUGGACAAAAAACAAACAUUAGUAGAAGUAACACAGCCAUUGGAAUCUCUGGAGAUGUUAUGACGACGCUGCUUCAGCCAUAUCUUGGAAAGGGCCAUAAGGAAAGCUAUAAAGUGCGUUGA